ACAGCAGGUAGCAUCAUAUAGGAAUCAAGUUACUCUUCAAAAAGUGAUCAAAAAUGCAGACAAACGACGGCUUCGAGUCAGAACGCCAAGAAAAAGAAGCUACCAAGCUUCACGAAGACAAUGGAGCGUGUAAUAAGACUGUAAGUGGUAACGGAGGUGAUACUUCAGGGAAUGGGUCACAUUUUAAAGACAUUGAUUUGAAUGAUGAUGACGUUGAGGUUAAAAUAAAUGAUAAGAGCAUUAUCGAGGAGAAACAACAUGAAGAUAAUAAAGAAUCAAGGUAAACCAUUUGUUAAAAAUUUUACAUUUGACAAGUCGUAGUCGUUCCCGUUGUCAAAUCUAAAGCUCUCUAUUAGGUAUUAACUACUGAAUGGUGUGCGCCAGAUGCCUGUUAGAAAAUAUCUUGAUGGUUUGUUAAAACUCACAAUGUCAUAUUUAGACUUGGCGCUCUAAUUACGUCUGCUUCUCCCUGGGCCUUCAAAUGCAGACUUGGUUGAGUAUUUUAUAUUUAACACGAAGCCGCGCCUACUGCGUUCGCGAUUCGCUGACCUGCGUUAACUACUUGUAAAGGCUGCUUUGAGCGUUUUUCAUAGGUGCGUGUGCGCACCUAUAACACGCGGAAAAGUUAUAAAUCAUUUAAAUUCUACUGACAAAAUAACUGAAUAAAUAAAAAGACAUGCAGGAUUUAGUUUUCUGUAUCAUUUCAUGUGUUGUCGUUGUUGAAGUAAUUAUUAUUUAAACUUUUCCGUCCUUACACUCACGUAUUAAAAACGCGUAAGUAUACUAACUCAUGGAAUGCAGCCUUAAUCCUAUUUAAUACCAAAAAGGAAAUGGGAGCCAUGACGUAAUGUCUAAAGAUCAGAUUAUGUCGUAAUAAAACACCACCCACCAGCUAUGAACAGUACAGUGACCGAAACAUGCAAAUAUAUGAAUAUAUGGCCAAAAAAAUUAAUUAGUCAGAUACAAUUAUAAUUAAAGAUUGUGAUAUAACAUAUAAAUGUUAAUGACUAUCCAGUGUAAAGACUAAAGGUCGAUUUACACUUUAUACUAUACAACGUUUGCCUGAAACUGUCAAGAUGACUGACAUACCUUCACCAAUGAUUCAUCUGAUCUCACCUAUGACCUACGCUAUCCACAAUAUCUCUCUUUUUUAAUCCCUUUCAGUGUGACCGAAUGGGCUAUCUUUACUUCACGUUACUAGUAAAAGUAUUCCGGAAACACUCCUCUUACUUAGCGGGUUGUAUUUCGUUCAGAACCAUCCUUAGAGAUAUGAAAAACUAAAGUUUCAUAUUAGCGGGUCAAAGGGUUUUCGAUUGGUGAUAUCACAGUCUAUUAACUGUGGUGAUAUUAAACUCUAUACUAGUUUGGAUUUCCCCAUGCUCUUCGAACUAUAGGCCUUCCCGCCUUCCUUCUCACGUUAUCGGUUGACCGUUUUUCUUGAAAAGUUGACAACUUCGACCUGGGACUUCCCACAGAAGACUUGCUGAUUUGAAUUGCUGUGUUGUUUUUUGCUGCUUUACUUACCAAGAGCAAGGUCACCACGAAUUGCAAAAAUUAAGGUCACCUACAACACGCGAUACUGACGUUUAUUUUGAUACUCGAGAAACGGGAUAAAAGGAAGAAAAAUUAAUACGGGAUUUUGGAUUUUGAAGAAAGUCGCGGGACGCGGGAUGAAAGAAAACGUGGAAAAGAGUAGGAAUAGGAACACAGAUCCCUCCUGGGAGACCCUCAUAUAUAGCUGAGCAAGACGUCAUCGCAAGAUAGAAACAGGAAUUUUCUAUUCAAUCCCGACAAAACUGUUCACCACGGAUCACGAUUAAAUCGAAACUUUUCUUUACCUGCACGUAAAAAAACAUUCGAAACUUUACGAUUAAAGAUUCUCAUACUAGUAUAUGAACCAAAAAUUUUCGUAGAAGUCCAGUGCUUCAUGAAAUUAAAUCCCCGUGAUCAUCAAUCCCGCCAUUUUUCGUCAUACAUUUUCUGGGAGAACUGAUACCAGAUGGCGAUCAAUUUGAUCCAAUUUCUGUUUUACCUGUGAAUCCAAUUUUUGUAAAUCCUCUUAGCGUCCUGCAGUUGUCAGGUGGAGAAGAAAAAUGCAGGUCCAAUAUGAAAAGAAAUUACGUCAUUUUCCACGAGGUUUGCACUUGCUAAAAGAUUCCCACUUUUUACUUUUAGUCCAUAGUCAUAGAGUCGAACAAUAAAUAUAUAUUCCUGCGUUUUCUGUCAAAAGUAAGGGGAAAUCUGAGCGCAAAGUAGUGACUUAAUUUAGUGUAUUGAGCUGUUUUAAAAAUGUCAAAACAGACAAGUUACUCGCCAGUGGCAUCAUCAGUGGAUAAAGACGAAAAGCUUGAAGUCCGCAUUGUUAAGCCUGCUGAUUGUCGCGAACCAGAGCAACGGCAGCAACCAAGGUAGGAUUGGAUUGUAUAUAUAUCACGCCACGGGUCUCUGAGCACAUGUUUACUAAAAUUCUACAUUUAGCAAACGUGAGAGGCAUCCAUAAAUGUUAAAUUCUUUGUUGAUCACGAUUUUUUACAGCAAUUUAUGUAAAGUACAUGAUAUUCAUGUAAAGUACACAACAGAAGUUCGCAUGAUCGAAAAUGUAAAAGUUCUACACGUGUUUAUAACAAAGCACGCGACGUGUUGUUAUUAGACAAAGACGAUUUUAAUACCGUUGAGAAAGGCAACGAAGCAUGUCGACCUUUAUCGGGAAUUCGCCGUCAGUGUGAUCACAUGCAAAACGUCCGAGACACGGUCAUGUUUGGAAAAGGCAAGGCAAUAAAUAACGCCGAUCGUAGUUGCUAUAUCAUGUAUAUCAUGACUUCGCUUUAGGCAAAAUCAAGAAUACGAAAACAGGAAAUUCACUCAUCGUAACCUUACGAACAUCAAGAACGAGAAUUGUUAAUGAUUUUAACAGCAGUUGCACACUGUCUAGAUGGGAAAAUAAAUGCAACAAUAAUUAUUACCACCUGUUCACCUACUCAAUACUGAUAGAUCAAAAUGAGGUCACCUUAUAUAAAAUGCGAUCAUAAUUUUGUUGCACCAUUAGCAGCUUCGAUUAUAAUUAUGACAUUGCAUUUGUGUUCGUCUUGUUAAGUGUAUCAGUGGCAUAUCCAGUGGCUGUAUAUUAAAGACUGACUUGGGGAUCUGUGCAAACUUACCUUUUCACAGACAUUUCUCCUUGGAAUUAAAUGAACUGGAAAAGUCACUUUGGAAAACUGGAGGAGGGGUCCGGGUUUUUUCCACCUGUGGGGCUGAGGGGGGGGGGGGACGUCCCAAUGUGAUUUUGAUUCUAUGACAUACAGGUAGAUAUUACGAUAGAUACAGAAUAAGAUUGAGAAGAAAUAUUUGUGCUAUAAUAAUGACAUACAGUGUACAUGUAUUUAACAGUUAAAAAUCUAAACUAAAUCCAUUCUUCUUGGAACCAUACAGUAUCUACAAACUCUUUAAAAAAUAUUGUACACAUAUUUGAGCUCUUGCUCCUCCAAUAAAUCUUUUUCAACAGGCAUCAGCCAGGGUUCGAAUUAAUUCUGAAAAAAUGGUCUGUGAAUCGAUUUUUUAUUUUAAACCAUUAAGCUGCAGAGCUUCCCCACUUAAACAAGUAAAAUGGUCGGGGGCACAUUGCGGCUAAAUGGGUUAACUAGAGACACUGUCAGAUUUUGUGGUUAAGCUGCAAAGCUUCCCCACUGAUGAGUAAAAUGGUCUGGCGUUAGACAAGUAAAAAAAAAAGAAGUAGGGCACACUGGGGCGCGUUGCGGCUCAAUGGGUUAAGGAAAUUUUAAGGAAUUUUCAAGAAUUUUCACCAAUUGGAAGUUAAAAAGUGGAGAAGCACUGCACAUUUCAAACAUGUGCAUCGCAAACUUGCAAAGAAAUAGAAUUUUGGAUGGAAUUAUACUCAUUUUUAAGUACAAUCUAACAACAAUAUCUUCAAAAUAUAUGGUCCUUCAUCACAUUUACAAAGAACUGAUUUAUUAUUGUACCUUUUUAUCAAUUUGAGAGACUUUUGAUUCAUGAUUUUGAUCCAAUUUUUAUGAAAUUGCAUUUGUGAAAAAUGAAAAUUGAUUUGUGAUUCAUGAAUCAUGAACUGUUGUUUUGAACCCUGGCUGAAUAAGACUUUCCAGCCUUUCUUGCUUCAUCUUGAGACUUAAUCAGUUUUAGCUUGGAGAAUGUAACAUGUAUCUCCCCCACCCCCAUGCAAAAAACUCCUCAAUUUGGAUUCAUAUUUUGGAGGGAAUUGUUUUUGUAACGAUUGGGGGAAGAGGGGGGGGGUCACCCCCUGCUUGUUAUACAAUUCUACUGUAUUGGUCGACCUUCCUCAUGAUAGGGCAUUAAUUUGUCUUGCUUUAAAGGAGCAUAUAAUUAUAAGUGAGGUCAAUUAAGUUACUCUGUUAUCUUGUUUAUCCUUGCAUUUGGUUUUCCUGUUGCUUUAAAGGUGCCUGGCUCCAUUGAAAUAAAUUUCAAAAUAGGUUUGAUUAAUGUUACUAUUUACAUAUGUGGUUACUGGCUGGUUUAUAUUUGGUUGCAACUUUUGUGACCAAGUCAAAUUUGAUGAUAUUCACAUCUGGAUCACAUAUGCCAACAUGUGUCAUACAGCACAUCAGGACUACAGCACACAGAAGAAAAAUGUAAUCCUUGUGGAACAUAUGGUCUCCCCAUUAUUGUGUUGUGGUUGUUGUAUCAACUUGUAUGCCUUUCAAUUUAUUGUUUAUUUUAAUCUCAUAGUUUGGCAUUUUGUGUCAUAUUUCUACUCCACAUUUUGUGUGCUGUGUGCAUCACUCUAUUACGUUAGUCAUUAGUCAUUUGACACUAUAUACACCUCAUAUAUAGUUAUUUGACACUAUACACAUAAUAUUUUGUAACUAACUUUAAAUAUUGCACUUUUUUGACACUGUAUACUUAAUAUUUUGUAAAUAACAUUAGUCAUUAGUCAUUUGACACUAUAUACACCUCAUAUAUAGUUAUUUGACACUAUACACAUCAUAUUUUGUAACUAACUUUAAAUAUUGCACUUUUUUGACACUAUAUACUUAAUAUUUUGUAAAAUAUCUUGAAAUAUUUCACUUUGUAAUUUCUUUUACAUGUCCCCUGUGGAAAUCAGCUUGGGUUGGGACAACCAUAUAAAUGGAAAACAUAGUCUUUCUUUCAUGUGACAAGAGAAGAUAUUAGUGAAACAAAUGAGCCUCACUGAUUACCUGACUAUAAAUUUAUCCUUUUAUAAACAUUGCUUACUUCCAUGGUCCAAUCCUGUUCAACCUAUUGAGUGCUAAUACUCAUUACUCUCCUCUUGACAAGUAAAAUCGUCUGGUGUUAGACAAAGUAAAAUAAUAAAUUAGUAAGCCUGUAUGGCUGUAAGGCGCAUACGCGCAUUGGGGCACAACACAACUUAAUUGGUUAAUCCUUUCAUGUACUAAUGAUUAGGCGCAAUUAUUGCACCUAAUCAUUAGUACAUGAAUGAAUUUAAUGUUGGUGGGCACAGGGCCAUCAUAAGGGCACCUUCCCAUUUGAAAGCCGUGCAAGGAUUGUGGUUUUAUUGGAUAUUUGGGGCAAAUGAUCUAAUCCGCAAUAUGUUUUAUAGCAACAUAUAACAUAUAACAUAAUGAUGUUACCUGUCACUUGUCUUCAGUACUCAUGCUUAUACAGAGUACAGACAGGGCUGCCAAGGGGGAGAGGGCAAAGAGAACAGUUUUACCCUGGGCCCUGCGCAACCUCUCGGCGACCCUGCAGACAGUGCAUGUAAAUACUAAAUGCAAAUAAAAAUAGUUUUCUCUCCCCAUAUCAAUCUUGGUUUAUAAUAUUUUAUGGAUAUUAUAAAGGCAUAAAGCUGUUUCACUUUGGGACUACAUUUGGCAUAUCAGAGAUUUUUUCAGUAUUUUGUUGGGUGACGCAAAGUGAUUGGCGUAUUCGGUCCAAACGUUUCGAAACGAUGUUAUUUGACCGAAAGCAAUUCAGGCUGAAACUAUGAUAAUAUGUUUUAAAAGCCUCUGCGGAGGAGAGGCUAAGGCAUAAACCCCUUUAACAUACAGAAUAUAACUGGCUGGGAAAGAGGUUGACACUAAGGAUUGAGUUAGACAUUAGGUCACCUGGCAUAUUUCAUUGGUAACAAUUUGUUGAUAAAUAGAUUUUAUGAAUCAAAAUUUUUGCCUUGUCAUCUCAAUACGGGAAUAAUUGUCGUGUCGGACACACCCCUUAUAGUCUUGCAGUUUUCCGCGUUUGUUAUACGCUUAUAAUUAAGAAAAUGCUACUAUCAGCAACUUUCUAAGUAACAUGUCCGUUUUAAUGAAGGAUAGUCUUUGGUUGUCUGUGAUGUGUGUCACACAUGUGGGGGUAUUUGUCUUAUAAUCUUGAACCGUCUGUGCCAGUGAGGGAUGCAACUACUUGGAAAAUAUAAGGAGAAUUUCGACGUUUCGCCCUUCGUCUAGAGUUACUUCGAGCAAAGGCCCUUAAUCACGGCCGCUUACACUAGCGAACUCUAGACGAAGGGCCUUCGCUGGAAACGUCAAAAUUCUCCUUAAAUUUUUCAGGUAAUAUGAAGCUUUAAUCAAACUCGCUAGAAAAUUUACAAUACCAUGUGAAUAUGUCCUCUUGUAGGUCUAUUGGCAGGCCUUCCUGUUGUUAGUUAAUAAGCGACGAAGGUGUAUUACCAGAGGUGUAUUACUGAGGAGAAUGCUACACUGCAUGCACCAUCCCAGUCUCUUUCUCAGAGAAUUAGUGUUAUACUGUAGUAUUAGCGCAUGUGUCUAGGAUUAGGGUUAUCCCAAUGGAUUAAUUUGUUAAAGGUAGGUAGUUUGAAGGUGCAGAUAGUUGCAUUCCUCCAAACGAAAACUUGGUAUUUGUCUUAGACAAACUAAGACUUAGUUGUCUAUAAAUAUUUAGUAUUACCGACAUAUCUUGUGUAAUGUUUAAUAAAAAUAUUCCUAAUAUGUCGAAUUUUGUGGUAAGUAUGGUGUAACAAUUUCGCUAUUGGGUGUGAUAAUGCAGAGAAAUAUGAAAUCCGAACAGAAAAAAACACAAUACAAUAGUAUUGUAUUGUCAAUACGACAGAGAAAUAUCAAACCCGUAGGCCGUACAGAAAAAACACAAUACAAUACAACAGAGUGCAUCUCAGUAUAUAUGCCAAUGCUCGAACCAUGCUGCACGAGUGCACGGGUUGAAACGGCUGAAAUCCUUUGGCCAAUCACAAUCGAGAUAGUAUUGGAAAGUUUACAUAGUGAUGGUGCAACUUAAUCUUGGCACUUUGGUAUAACACCGCAGAAUAGAUAUUAUUUAUUCUGUGAUAACACUUUAAUUUGGCACCACAUUUCUUUUUCUGUUUCUUGCGUGACGUACAAAUAUCUCGUGAAUUUGAUCACCUCCCAUAAUUAUUGCAUUAUUUAUUUCUACAUUAUUCAUUUUUUCAUUUGUAUUUUUGACUCUUAUGCAAGCGAGAUAUCCGGCACCCGUUGCACAAGAAAUCCUUAAUGUAAACAAACGUCAUUGUAAGAGUGUUGAAUUUAAUUAUAGCGGUAUGGCAACCGUAUAAUUGUAACUUACUGUAAAGUAUGAGGUCAUUAUUAUAACAGUUACUUGCGUGACAAGGUUGAAGUUCUUAUACUCGUGGCAGUCUGGGGAUUUUGAUUUACCUUUAUUUUAAUUAUGUCCGAUAUUAAACUUAAAGUCGCAGAUAAGAGGUUUGUAAACGACUAUUUUAUUUUGAUUGCUGGAGCUUGAACGGCAAAUCAUAUCGUUUUAAAAUGUAACCAUAUUCCUACUGCCUGCAUUUACUGAUUAAAACAUAUACAUGCAAAGUGUCAAGUUGUAUAUUAGUUAUAUAAUAUUGUUGCAGAACUUGUGUAAACAUUUGUCAGUGAGAUAUCUUGCACAAAACUAUAUAUAGUUGUAUUUAUAUUGUUACAAAACUAUGUAGUUGUAUUUUAGCCUGAAUUGCUCAAACUCAUGAUGGGCCAAUUACCAUGAACAAUAUUUUAAAUAGAAGAAUAACAUUUGGAAAAUAGUAGUUUAAUUGCAAUGAAAUGAUCUGAUUUUACGGUAGAUAGCUCUUGCAGCUGCAUCACAUUACAUAUAAACAUUCAUACAAUACGCGGCUCCAUGCUCUGGCCGGUGUCACAGUGAUAUUUAUAUGUAUAAAUGCUGUGCUGAGUGGUUAUAUUACUACCUUAAAAAAUAAGCAGAAAGUCGACGUUUCGAGCGAAGGCCCUUCGUCAAGAGUUAGUAGCCAAGUAGUAAUAUAGCCACUCAGCACAGCAUUUUCACAUUGGUACUACACACACUGGUACAGACAGUUUUAAUAUAUAUAUGUAUCCCGUGGUUUGAGUAUCCCCAUCGCUAUGCAUAUACGUAGGCUUCAUAUCUGGUUAGGGUAACAGACCGGUCAAACGUUCGCGUAUCGACUGCUUGUAUGCGACAAACAAAUAGUAUUGUCUUCAGGAAGCUCUAGCAAAAAUUGUAAAGAAAAUUUCGAGGGUGUAAUUAACUAGUGAACUAAGUGAAGUUUAGCUUCUGUCACAAGGAAAAAUCGAUGAAAUUCCUGAGCUUAUUAUAACUUUGGCCGUUUCCUUAUAAUAAACGCUUUUCUUUCCCUUCACUCCCAUUAUUUUGGCAGACAUAUCCCCGCCAUUUUCGUGGAGUCGUGCAUGAUAUGUGUAUGGGGAUGCGCAAAACGUGGAAUACAUAUUAUCAGUGAUAUCUGCACUGUGACCUCGACUGUGACACCAGUGCAUGUAUGAUAUUAGGGACCUUAAGUACGUAUGACGGCAACGCGUCAACCAAAACAAAAUUUUGUAGUUACCACUUGUCGCGGCUUGAAAUGUUUGCGUUGUACGAGACGUGAAAAUCCCUGGUUUGCCGUUGUAAAAAGCGUAAACACAACGUCUCUAUAAAGUCCCGUGGGGCUUUUAAUUAUUCAUUUAUUUUCUGCGAGAUCAGGAAUAUUAUUGUGUAAAUAGCCGUUGUCGUCGCGUCGCCGUCCAGCUUGCGUCGUCGCGUUGCCGUUCAGUUUACUGAAUACUGAACAUUUUAGACUGCAUGUGUACUUUCUUUUAUACUGGCCGUAGAGGCAAAUAAGCACAUACAAUAAAUCCCCGCUAUGCAUGCUAUAUCCGGCGUAUAUGUCGAAUAUAACUUAUCUCGAAUAUCACUUAUCCACGUUUCCCGAGUUUAUGUACAAGAGCCAAUCAGCGAUUAGCUUACAACUUACAAUGACGUAAUAACUUACAACUUACAAUGACGUUACAUAAUAGGUUACACCUUAGAGACCUUACGAUUUUAGGACGGCAACGCGACGGCAACGGCUACCAAUACAAUAGAUUAUUGAAAAUAAUUGAGUAAUUACAAUAUACGAAUCAUUUAGACAUUGUCCUCGCUCUGUUUACAACGCCAAAUCACAGAUUUUCACGUCUUGAUACAACGGCUGCAUUUCAAGCCACAACAAGUGCAAGUUCAAACUGCGUUUAGCAGAACUCUUCCCAACCAUAAAAACCAUGUCUUCAACUUCUAAAACUGUAUUAAAUUCAUACGAUUGAUAAUAUACCACGAACUAUCUUUACUACCAUUUAUAUGAAGGAAUUUGUUUUGGCCGUCGCCGUCGCGUUACCGUCCUAAAAUCGUAAGGUCUAUGACGUACUGCUUAAAGAAACUUCAACAUGGCGGAUGUCAAAGAAAUGAUGAAUUUUAAGCAACAGGAGAUUAUACAUAUCUUAAUGUAGUCCGAUCUGAGAAGUGCACUUCAUACAUUUAUAAUAUAUUUACAUUGAAACAAAAAAACAUGUACAUAGAAACAAAUAGUAGAAGUACGCGAGGGUAUAUACAGUCUGCGAGUUUAAUAACUAAAAUCGUAAAUGAGUUUGACUAAAAUUUAAAAAUAAAAUCUUAAAUAAACGUCUGCGGAAGGGCGUUUAUAACUCGAACUCCUCGCUAUCUCGAACUGAAAAUGACCGAAAAAUAAUAAAUUGUUUUUAUUAGGGAAUACAUGCACGUAUAACGUAUUUGAUUUUGCAGCGCAAACUACGUUGUAUGAUUGGUGGUUGGGUUAUUGGAUCAACCACGUUAAUUUAAUUUAAUUUAUUAUAUAAAGUAUAGACUAUAGUGCUUUAAGCCUUUAUAGAUCGAGAUUUCGAGCACUGAGCACUCAUUUAGAUUUGGUACAUUUUUUCAAAAUUAUUAAUGGUUUGAUCUAUGCAAACAAAGAUAUAGCCUACUACCAGCAAGAAAUCUUGGCAAUGAAAGGAAAACGAGAGCAACAAACAAUCCAGAUCUUAUUACGUACCUUGCUGUUGUUUUAUAGCUAUGUUAAGUUAAUAUACUUUUAUUUCUAUGUUUGUCAGUUGAACCAGUUAUUCAUGUAAGCUUUAUAUAUAUAUAUACGCCAUAAUUAAGGAAAUCAAAAUAGAUAACAUUGAUUUCGUAUGAUAGUUCGUCCCUGCACGAAUGUACCAUUAGGGCGAAACAAUUUAACUUCUUGCUGUGAUUCAAAAAGCAUCACAAAUAGAAGACCACCAAGACCGACUAAUGUAUUUUUCCUUUGAAUAUGUUUUCUUAAAGUGAAUGUACUUUGUCUUCAAUGUGUUUUUAAAUGAAUGUAUACUUUGUUACUGAAUGUAGUGCUGAAGAUGUCAAUAAAGAUGAGAAAGCAUCUGAAGAAGAGAAAAAGGCUGAACCAACUCCGAUGGUCUCCUAUAAAGAUUUGGUAAGAAAUGUAUUUAUUUAUUUAUUAAAGAACAACCCGUCAGUUUGAG